GCAGAAAGACAGCAGUUAGGAGGAGCCAAGGAGUAGCAGUAGAAAGGCUGCAGAAAGAGUCGUUUCUAUUAAACGAUGACGGUUUUUGAGCCAAACAUGGUGACCCGGAAGAAGACGUGAACGACAGCGGUAACCAAGCAACAUCUGACGCCCUGUUUCCCUCAGUAGGAAACCUUCGAGGCUUGAAGAAAAACACGGCGGAUUUUAAGAUUUAGGUGGAUCACAUACCACCAUGGCAGCUGCUGCAGUAGCAUCAAAUGUUGAGGACAGUGUCCGGACAAUUGCUCAAACAAAGAGAAUACGUGUCAGUGAAUUCUUCCAAGAUUAUGACAAACUUCGAUCAGGGUUUGUCACAGUUCCCCAGUUUUUCAGAUGUCUGUGGCAGACUCUGAGUCUCAAACUGUCAGAUGACGAAGAAAGAGCAUUGAGCAUGAAAUACGGCUUGCUUGACAAUGGAAAAAUUAAUUACAAACGUUUCUGCGACACAAUUGAGCAGCACUUCAAUCCAUAUCAGCUCAAUGCACCUCCGGAGAUACAGGAGAAAAUACCCAUGGAGUACCUUGGUACAGUCCGCUCUACCCGCCCUCUCUCUGUGGGUUCUGAAGCAAGGCUGGUGGAGUUGUUGCGCCGCAUGCAACAAUACUACAAGGUCAGAGGCAUCAACCUGCGCACCCAGUAUGAGGAUUUUGAUAGACAUCACAGAGGAGUUGUUUCUGAAAGCCAGUUUUACCGUAACUUUCCUGGACCUUUGGAUGUUGAUGAGGAAGACAUGAAAACUUUGGUAGAAAAGUACAAUGACCCGAAAAGUCCUGGGCUCAUCAACUACCUGAACCUUCAUCAUGAUAUCUUAGCAGUCCACAACUAUGUGAAAAAGGAGAGGGAGCCCGCUAACUGGUCAAGGGAGAGAAGUGUGGACAUGACACCACUUUUUCCCUCUGCAGAUCCAACUCUAUCAGAAAUACUUGACAAAGUUCGGGUUGCUGUUUUCAAGAAUGGAAUUCGCACCAUUGAGUUCUUCAAAGAUCACGACAAAUUAAGGAGUGGUGUUAUCACAGAGAAUCAGUUUGUCUGUGGGCUUGCCUUAGCCUGUGGAAAAGAAGCCCAACUGGCACGACCCGAAAUUCAGAAGGUUGUCGAAUACUAUCGUCUCCCUGAUGGUAGAGUGCAGUACAAAGAAUUUUGUGAUGCUAUGGAGAAUGCAUUCAACAUCCCUGACUUGGAGAAGAAACCAACAGAGAGUGUGCAACGACCACCAAGGGGAACACUGACAAGGGGCUUGAAGCCUCUGACAGAAGGUGAGGAGCAGCGCCUCAUGGAAGUCCUCAACACCAUUGCUGACAAAGUGGUCAAGGACAGGAUCAUGAUGUACCAGUACUUCAAAGAUUUUGACAGGUCUAAAGCAUACACCAGAGUUGUGACACCACCUCAAUUUGCACGCAUUCUUCACUUCCUGGGACUGAAUGUGAACAACGAAGACCUUAAGCUGAUUCUGAACAAGUUCCAGGAUCCCUCUUCAGGAGACGUAAACUAUCCAGCUUUUGUACAGGCAGUGGACAGAGAAUUUGUUGGGCACACAAUGGAUGAUGUUGACAUCUCAGAUCCAAACAGAACAAAUGUGGUUCCCCAAGCAGUUGGAGAAACUAAAUGGGUGGAGAGUCCCCCUGUGAAGUUUGAGGAGCUAAUGGCAAGGAUCAGACACAUUGUGCUGGCAAGCAGACUCAGGGUGAUCGAGUAUUUCCAAGAUUUUGAUCCGCUGCGCAGUGGCUCUAUUAGCAUUCCUCAGUUCCGGAGGGGACUGGCAUCCAUGGGGCUCAGUAAACUGGGUCAACAUGACCUCAAUGACAACCAGUUUGACAUGCUGGUGGAGCAAUACCGAAACCCAAAGAAACCUGAUCAAGUGCUGUGGACUAACUUCCUUGCAGACAUUGAAAGUGUCUUCACUCAAGAAGGAUUAGAGCAGGCCCCAACAGCAAAUGUUCCAAGACAGGAACUGUUUAGAGUGCCCAAACCUGGAACAACUGACUGGAACAAUGCAUCAAAUGACCAUGUAGACCUUUACAAUGAAACCAUGAAGCAUAUUGGUCAGCGUGUUGAUCACCGCAGAAUCCUCAUGAAGCCAGCAUUCCAAGACUUUGACAAGCACAACAAUGGACACAUCACAAGAACUCAGUUCAGACAGUGCUUCAAGAUCCUAGAGAUUCCCAUCGAGGAGCCUCAGAUGCACGCCCUAGAGGCUCUGUACUGCAAUGAUGUCGGUGUCAACUACAUGCAAUUUUUGCAAGAUCUUGAACCUGUGGAACCUAUUCCCUUCAUGUACAUCAAGCGGAUGGAGGAGAUCAGGCAGGCCAACUCAAAGCAGGCACUCCCAGAGCAGAGACCUAAUUCAGACCUGGAAAGUGUCUACCUCAAAAUCAAGACAAAGGUAUGCAAGGAAAGGAUACGUAUUUAUGAAUUCAUGAAAGACUAUGACAAACUACGAUCUGGCCGCAUGCUGAAGACAUCAUUCAGAAGAGCUCUGAAUUUGGCCAGACUUGAUCUCUUAGAGUCAGAGGUGGCCAUGCUGGAAGACAAGUACCAGUCUGGAAGAGAAGUGGAUUUUGUAGAGUACCUCCGCUUCUGCCAAGAUAUUGAGUCCAUUUUCACCAAAGAUCAUUUAGAGAAGAAUCCAUUAGAGGAUGUGGAACAAUUCAAGCCAGAUGAAGAAUGGGCUGUAACUGUCUUGACAGGACAAGAAGAGGAGCAACUGAUGAAGUGCAUGCUGCGUAUUGCAGAGAAGGUUUACAAGCACAGAAUGCAGUUGUUUCCUCUGUUUGAGGACUAUGACCGUGUGCACAAUGGGGCCGUGUCUCAGUCCCAGUUCCGACGGGUUCUUAUGGAACUGGAAUUAGCCAAGCUGGCGGCCGACACAGAUAUUGAGCUGUUGUGGAAGAAGUACCAGGUUCAAGUCGGAGGUCGCACUGAUAUCAACUACAUUGCAUUCUGUGAAAAGAUUUAUGAGCUGGCCGGGUUUGAACACCGCAAGCCGUAAAUUUACUUUGUAAAUAAAUUCUCUGUAAAACAAUGUCUGGGUUUUUUAAAAAGAUAAAGUGCAUUUUGAAAAGCACCCAGAAUGAAGAAAUGUCUUUGCUUUGUGUGAAUAGAAAAUGAAUAAAAAAGUUAUUUAUUCUUGAAACUGAUAUCUAAUGAUAGAGUGCAAAUGUAAGCUGUCUAAACAAGACAGUUAGGUAGGCCUAUAACUUUCAAGAAUAUUCUGACAGAUGAUCAGAAUCAGUUGUGAUGUACAUAACUUGCAUUAUACUGCUGUUUUUUAAAUUCAGAUAUAAUGAACCUGUCACAUUUAAAUGCUGUCACAAAUUUUUAAAAAAUGUUAAUGAAAUUCUUUCUGUUGAUGGCAUGUCAUGAAGUUUGACUUUCAUGAAUAAUUUUUGUACUCAUUUUACAUAUUUUUUACAUUUGAUUGCACAUAUGUGGAAAAUUCUUUUACCAAAAUGGUAUUCAUCUUACUUAAAUCCAGGCCUUAUAGAACUAGUAUUGUAGACAGAUAUUUUCUUAUAGCUCUGUCUUCUUGCACUCACUGAGUUUUGAUUUUAAAGAGCUACAAUGCUCUUUGCCGACUACAGUAUUAAGGAGAAAUUUUUUUAUGGAAAGAAUAGAAAUGAAAAAUAUACCUGUACAUUGUGCAGUUUUGUUUUCAAAUGUGAUAAUGUUGCAGUUUUUAUUAACUAGUGUUUUAUUAGACAGGUACCUAGUUCUUCAAACCAGAAAUGGGGGGGGGGGGGGGGUGUCAAGUUAAUAUUGCUUUAUUGCAAGCAUAAAAUAGAACACAGAAAGCCAAGAAUGUAAUUUAACGCAGUUCUACAUGGUGAAUGUUUUUGAAAGUUUAAUUUUAAUAUUCGUUACCUUUUGUUUUAUUCUUUUAGUUUGCACCUCUGUCGAAUCUCAGGAUACAGCACCAGUUAGCUCAGCACUGUACAAAAGACGCACAUGGAAACAAUUUUUAAUGAGUGCCAGAGACUUACCAGACAUCAGUAUUAAUAUUAAAAACUUUUUGGCAUUUACUGCUGUUUGACUUAGCCAAAUACUUAACAAUCAACUCAAGAAUACAGGUUACUAUUAAGUGGACUGGAUUUUGUCUAGCAAUAGCAUGUGUACUGCAUUAUACAUCAGUUCUUCAUAUCAAAACAACUAAAAUUAUCCAAAAUAAUGUUUACAAUGUUAUUUUUGUAUGUGAUAUAGCAUGGAUGUAAAUGUUAUACAUUGUAAUUGUCUUAUGUGCCAACAUAUCAUCUAAGGUAAAAAUCACCUUGCCUUUCUGUGAUAAUUUUUCGUGAAGUUCUAACAUUUUCUCCUGAGGUUCGAGAUGUUGCACUAAAUCAAAUUAAUCAUGCAAACCUCUUAACCAAUUUAUUCUUCCACAAGAAAUUUGACUCAUGCACAUUUGUCAUACCAGAUUUUUUUUCCCUUGUAAGAGAAAUUAAAGCCUACAUCCAUCCCCACAACAUCAUGGAAAUAUUGAGGAAGAAAAAAAGAAAUGUAUUGUUUGAGAAAAAAGUCAUCAUACAUUGUGAUUUUAAAAAAAUCCCUUGGAAAAUUCAUAUUUUCUACAUGACCAGCUUUUUAAAAAGCUGAAUAUAUAUGUGUCUUCAAAAUAAACUGUUUGAAGUAAUAUACCACAAGA